AUGGCUGACCCCACCCCCACGCCCAAGUCGGCCAACGGCCAGACCACCGAGCCGGCAACUACACCCGCCGAGACAAAGCCUGCCGAUAUGUCAAAAGAGCAGGCCCCCGCCGCUGGUGCCGCACCAGCUGCACCAAAGGAGGAGAAGCUGUCGGGCGCCGAACUCAAGAAGCGCGCCAAAGCCGAAAAGGCCGCAAAGCGCGCUGCUGAGAAAGCGGCCAAGGACGCAGCAGGUGGAGGUGCUCCUCAACCCUCUGCGGGUAGCAAAAAGCAAGAGGGCAAGCAGAAGGAACAGAAGGGAGGCCAGCAGAACCAGCAGGGUGGAGGUCCGCGGGGCGGCCAGCAGCAGGACCGUCCGCUUCCCAUGCGGAGGAGGCCGUCGCAGAGCGGGCCUGCCGGCGGGCCCGUCAAGGAGGUCAAGAGCGAGAAGAAGAAACAUGCUGAGAAGCAAGUGGGCUUGUUUGGGCACCUCUACGGCCAACCGCGAAGGCAUGAGAUUGAGGGCGCGGCGAAGGAAGUUCACCCUGCCAUUCUGGCGCUGGGUCUGCAAAUGAGCAGUUAUGUUAUCUGCGGUAGCAACGCGCGGACUGUCGCCAUGCUCCUGGCUUUCAAAUCGGUCAUUGAGUCGUACACCACUCCUCCUGGCACCUCGCUUGCCCGCCAUCUCACAUCGCAUCAUCUUUCGCCUCAGAUUUCUCACCUUUCCAGCUGUCGACCGCUUUCCGUCUCUCAAGGCAACGCCAUCCGUUGGCUGAAGGAUCUGAUCAUCAAGGUUGAUCCUUCUGUUCCCGAGACGACUGCAAAGUCUCACCUUCUCGCUCACAUCGAUACCUUCAUCCGCGAGAAAUUCACCGCUGCAGACGAGGUUAUCUCAGAGUCUGCGAGCACCAAGAUUGUGGACGGCGACGUGGUCGUGACGUUUGCAAAGAGCAGCAUCGUCCUCAAGACACUCCUCCGUGCUCAUGCAGACGGUCGCAAGUUCCGGGUCAAUGUGGUGGAUUCAAAGCCGCUCUUUGAAGGAAAGCAGAUGGCGCGUAGCCUUGCGGCAGCUGGCAUCCAGGUCAGCUACACCCUCGUCGGCGCCGCUUCACACGCCGUCAAAGAAGCCUCAAAGGUUUUCCUUGGUGCGUCCGCCAUGAUGAGUAAUGGCCGCCUUUAUUCACGCGUCGGCACGGCAAUCAUCGCCAUGUUUGCGCAUGAGCGCGACAUUCCCGUUAUCGUGUGCUGCGAGUCGGUAAAGUUCACCGAACGCGUUGCGCUCGACUCGAUCGUCAACAACGAGAUCGCACCUGCGGAUGAGAUUCUCGGUGACGGCGAAUGGAUUGGCGAGGGUCUUACGGAGGAAGAUGGGGAGGCUGGCGCGGAGAAGAAGGGUCGCGAGGGCGCGCUCAAGAAAUGGAAGGAGACGCCUCAUCUGCAGCUGUUGAACGUGCUGUACGACGUCACGCCCGCCGAGUAUGUGAAAAUGGUCGUCACCGAGAUGGGAAGCUUGCCACCAAGCUCGGUCCCUGUUGUGCACCGCAUCAGCACGAGCGUCUAA